AUGGACACGUCGCGAUACGAUGUACUCGAACUGCUCAUCCAAAGCAAGGUACCCUACACUAACGAGUUUUCAUGGUACUUGUUUAAUUCGGGGACUCCGACGGUCGUACAAUGGAUGCUCGCUCACAAAGACCUCGAGGAAAAGGAUUUGUUGAGACACUCGAGUAUCACAUCCAAGGUCGAAGCAAUACAAGCCAAGGUAGCAAACUUUUUGACGAGACAUCCAAUGCAGGCGAAUAACGCAGCACUCAUCGACCGAGCAAUCGUAAAUUGGGGUGUGGAUUCAAUCGCCGCUGAAUUGGACGACCCACAUGCCGACAUUCAUCAGAUACUCGACUUUAUACACUCGUCGUUUUAUCGGUACUUUAGAAAGAGCAUUCAAAGAUACAUAUACAAACAUGCACUGGUACAACACAUACCUGCUAUUUUGGAGCGGUACAGUGGGAGCAAUGCGUACAAGUAUGCCAUGCAUUGCGCGCUCAAUCGUCCUGGUCGCGAGGCAUACGAGGUGGUCAAGUUGAUGUUGGACAAGGGAUUCAAGUUUCUGCCAUGUCCUCUACUCAAGGUACAAGUCGUGUCGGAGGAAUGCUACGCGCUUUUGAUUGACAAGGUCAGCCCAGAACACCGACACCGAUUGGCUAAUCGUCCCAUCAUCAACAAGAGUGUCAAACAACUUUGGGAAUUCCUCCAACUCAUUGCUCGUACCUCUUCAAUCGACUUGUACAAAGAGUAUUGUCAAUCGAGCAAGUUGAGGACACGUGUACAAAAUUUUUGUAUGGAGUAUGGCAACUUGGAGUUUCUCAAACUUAUCCACAGCAUCUCCAAGCCAUCGUUAAACUUGGACAGUGCCAUCAAAGCAGGGAGGAUUAAUAUUGUAGAGUACAUGCUCGAGACAUUUCCCAAUGAGACAACACUCGAAAAGUGGUUAUCCUUUAUCGUUGUAAACGGUCCUCCACACUUGUUGGACCAUUUCCUCCAAAAGGAUGCAUCCCUCCUCCAACAAGUUCAAUUACAAUCUCAACGACCUGGAUUCUCUAGACCAAUAUUUAUCUCCAACAACUAUCAAAUGUUUCAAUACCUUGUUUCAAGUCAAGUAGGGUAUGAAUUAAACAGAGAUGGUGAAAGAAUACUCCAAACAUUGGGACUUGAUGUUGAGAAUGUUUUUUUGGAUUUAUACAAUUCUUGUAUUGAAAAAAAAUACAACUAUUAA